AACCUAACGCAAUUGAGCAGUUUAUGGGGGAACUGCCAGCCGCUCGUGUGACCGUAGCUCGACCAUUCUCAAGGACAGGAGUCGAUUACUUCGGACCCGUCUAUUUCCGGCCGGGCCCUCGAAGGACAGCGGUGAAGGCAUACGUGGCACUAUUUGUUUGUAUGUGCACCAAGGCAGUUCAUUUGGAGUUAGUGACUGACCUAUCGACGGACCGAUUCCUGCAGGCAUUUAGGAGGUUUAUUGCCAGGCGAGGGCGCUGUACGGAUGUAUAUUCCGAUAACGGAACCAACUUUGUUGGGGCCCGUAACAAACUCAAACAACUAUUUGAGCUAUUGAACAGCAAGGAUCAUCAGAAGAAAAUGGUGGACGAAUGCGCAAAGGAAGGCAUAAAUUGGCACUUCAAUCCGCCUAGUGCACCACAUUUCGGUGGGCUCUGGGAAGCGGCAGUGCGAUCCGCAAAAAUUCAUCUGCUGAAGGUUCUAGGCGAGACCGUUGUUUCUUUCGAAGACCUUUCUACGCUCUUAACCCAGGUGGAAUCAUGUCUGAAUUCUAGACCUCUGACACCUAUGUCAGAUGAUCCAACCGAUCUAGAACCUCUAACACCCGGUCAUUUCCUUGUGGGCGGACCUUUGCAUCAGCUUCCAGAUCCAGAUUAUACCGAUGUACCAAUGAACAGACUGCAUAGUUGGCAACUCAUUCAGCAAAAACUCCAGUUAUUUUGGAAACGUUGGAAAAGCGAAUAUUUAUCGCAAUUACAAGGAAGGGUCAAAAGAUGGAAACCUGCCAUUCCAAUAUCUGUAGGAAAGCUCGUGGUGAUAAAGGAGGAAAAUACACCGCCGCUUCGUUGGAGAAUGGGUCGCAUACAGGAUACUCACCCAGGAGCAGACGAUGUAGUUAGAGUCGUCACAUUAAAAACCGCCACUGGAUUGCUGAAGAGACCCGUAGAGAAGAUUUGUAUGUUACCAACUUCGCGACAACCACCUGUAGACAUUUCUUAAUACGUCAAACGAUCAGCAGCCACCCAUCCUGUGUUCGAAGAGGUCCAUUUCUUUCUUUUCAGAAAUUCCGGAAUUUCAG